AAGCAGAAGCCAUCCAAGGAGCUGAGGCCCAUGCUCGGAGCCAUCUUGCUGGGUCUCAUCCUGUUCAUUGCCGCGGUGGUGGCCUGGUGCUACUACACGGUGUCCCUGCGGAAGGCGGAGCGGCUCAAGACGGAGCUGAUGGACCUGCGUGCGGACGGCUUCGUCAUCAGGAACCAGCACGGGGAGGUGGUCUUCCGUCUGGCCUUCCGCUCGGGCAGCCUGGACCUGGAGUCGUGCUCCAAGGAGGGCGAGAUCCUGAGCUGCACGCGCUCGGGCCGGGGGCCGCUCAACUUCUUCAUCCAGACGGUGAAGCCCAAGGACACGGUGAUGUGCUACCGCGUGCGCUGGGAGGAGCUGGCGGAUGGCCCCGCCGUGGAGCACACCAUGUUCUGGGAGGACGCGCACUGGUACGGGGGCUCCGAGAUGAGCACCCAGCACUGGCCCAUCCGCCUGGCCGGCUACCAGGAGCCUGUGCCCUACGUGACCAGCGACGUCUACUCCUUCCGCGACAGCUUUGGCGGCAUCCUCGAGCGCUACUGGCUCUCCUCCAAGGCGGCCGCCAUCAAGAUCAACGACUCCGUGCCCUUCCACCUGGGCUUCAACGCCACUGAGCGCACCCUCUUCUUCCAGGCGCGCUACAAGGACUCGCCCUACAAGCCCCCGCCGGGGCAGCAGCCCUUCCCCGAGCUCAGCUACCGCGUGUGCGUGGGCUCCGACAUCACCUCCAUCCACAAGUACAUGGUGCGCAGGUACUUCAACAAGCCCUCCAAGAUCCCUGCGGAGAACGCCUUCCGAUACCCCAUAUGGUCCACAUGGGCCCUC